AUGACAAAGAGCUUGGCAAAGCCUAGGAAUAUUCUCACGGAUUUGAAGGAAAGAAACAAAGAAAGUGUGACACUCAUCAAGCAAGUGUAUAAUGCACGAACUAGAUGGUGCAAGGGGCAAAGAGAGGACAAGACCGAGUUGCAAUACUUGAUUACAAGGUUGGAGGAGAAUCAAUCUGUCUACUUCACAAGAGCUAAUAGCGAGGAAACCACACUUGAAGAUUUGUUCUUUGCUCACCCGAAAUCAAUUGAUAUGCUCAACACUUUUCCAACCGUUUUGGUCAUGGACUCCACCUACAAAACCAAUACCUAUAGAAUGCCUUUAUUUCAGAUUGUUGGUGUCACCUCUACCAAAUUGACCUAUUCGAUUGCGUUAGCAUUUCUUUCCUUUGAAAGAGAGAAUAACUUCAUAUGGACACUUGCGAUGUUCGUUGGUCUUUUGACCUCAAAAAACAACAUGCCUAAGGUGAUUGUCACCGAUAGGGACCUCGCUUUGAUGAAAGUCGUUGCCAAAGUUCUCCCUAAAACGGACCAUGUAUUUUGCUACUUUCAUAUUAGGAAGAAUGUCAAAGGGGCAUUUUUGCUUUGGGAAUGA